AUGCCGACGCCACUUGUACUGAGGCCGGCUAUGUCCACUUCACCCAUGGAAACUCUCACCACGGCUCAACUCAACGCUCUACACGGAGUCCGCGUCGGCGACAUUAUCCUCGUUGAACCCGAGUCACCUCGGGCAGCAUCAUGUCUCGUCCUUGUUUAUACCAUCGCCAGCAACCACCGGCACUCUUUCAGUGUAGCAGUGAAGGGCAUAUAUGAGAUCAACCCUGCCAACCUCUUUGAUUGUCAACGUUACGGAGCUUGGAACCUCGACUGCAUGACCCUUGACUGGCACGGGAUGCCUCUGGAGGCUAUGCUCUCGCCGACGGAUAGCCUCACACUGAAUCCGACMAUUGAAACGCUGACGAUGAGAUACUUCGGCGGCAUUUGUCUCUAUCAGAAUUGUGUGGCUGGGUUGGUCCGCAAGAGCCCAGURACGGUGAACGAUGUCCACUUUCGAGAAACAGAAAGCAGAGCUGGGCGAGAAGUGUGGACGCUCUGUCCAUUCUGCAUGGGGUCGGACUUUCAACAGAAGCAUGAGUGUCUGGUCACUUGCUCCUACCUGGACAGGUACACGGAGAGUGUCAUGCGAGCCCAUCUUCAAGCCAUAAAUGCUAAGCGUGUGGAAAGGAACUAUGCACCUCUACCGCACGACGUGGAUCUGGUGGUGUUGGGUGGUCUGCAAACGCUUUCUGCUGGUUACCAGAGCAGACGAUCCUCGCCAACUCCCGAGCACACUUCAAGACCAGUCCGGAGACAUCCAGUUCCCGAGCCGAUUCAGACCAGACACUCCUCGAGGAGGGCUUUGCAAUGGGCCGGGGGACCCAGACUCUCGUCCCACUCGUUGAGGUGGUUCCAAAUCGCGCAGGAGAGGGUCGCGAAUGACAUAUGCGGACUGUGCCAACAAGACUACGUCGAGGGGGAAAGGAUUGUUGAUCUCAGAUGCGAGCACUUCUACCAUGAGAGAUGUUUGGAGGAGUACUUUCAAGCUCAGAGGUAUGAUCGGAAGCCUGAGGCGUGUCCUUUGUGCCGGCGGCCGGUCAGCAGUUGA